AUGGUUAGUACGGAUGAUAUUAUUUCAAUCGAUCAAUCCGUGGCAUCUAUCAAAUACUGUAGGAAUAAGGACAGAUUAGUAACGUCCGAAGAGAAUGAUGAAUAUUUACUUAUUAGCGCCGAGAUCGAUACAACUAUUGUGAUGGAAUGUCGAUUUUGCAACGACAAGGAAGAGAGACAGUCAAAAAUUUGGUACUAUCAAGAUCGAUUCAAAGAGACUUCUGAAAAAGAGAUUGAAUUAGGAAUGGAUAACAAUGUGUCGUUCAAUAGGAUUUACACGACUUCAGAUCUUUCUUUAGUAAUUAAAGAAAUUGCGGUAACAGACGCUGGUAUUUACUUGUGCCAUGGUGAGGAAGGGCAGGAGAUUGAAAAUAAAUUCAAUUAUAGACUUGAACCGAUCUUCAAACAGCACGGAGUCUUGUAUACAGAACAGGGAAACAUUACUGACUGGGAGAAAUAUCGUGAAAUAUAUUUAGCGUCAGUUACCACGCGAUUUGCUGUUUCACAAAUGUUUGAAUUGGCUGAAAUUCGAGAAGUUGGAAUAACUCUUCAUGUUAUUUCUGAAUGGGCACCUUGGAGCCCAUGCGAACAUUGUGUACGUAAUCGGGGAAUCAAGAGGAGUGUUGGAAAUUGUCGAUUAAAACGGCAAAUAAAUAUGACUAUUGCCAACAGAAGCGAUUCAUCUAUAGUUAAGUUUUUCCAAAAAUCUCCUUCGUUACCAUGCAGAGCAAUUUUACUCGAAGAGCAAUUUCCUGCUGUUAGUAGCGCAGUGCGCCAUUUGCCGGAAUUCAUUUUAAAGGAAGUAUGUAAAAAAUGUCCUCGCGUGAAAAAAAUAAAACAUCGCAAGUUUAAAUACAUUAAACGAUUCGUACUGGCAGAAGGAGCUUAUCUUACAGUCGUUUGUCCAGAAUCAACUAUGGAUACCAAAGUGUCAUGGAAAAAGGAUUUAAUUACAUUGGAAAGAGGCGUUCGACAAUCUUUUCGUAAACUGGAUUCAGAAGCUCGUGUGAUAGUAGACGCUUUUGGAACACUUUAUCUGAUAGAUGUUUCCACUCGUGAAGAAGGGAAUUACACGUGCUACAUCAAUAAUGUUAACAUGAUGCAAGUAAAAGUAGUAGUUAUCCAUAAAACUAGGCUGUUAACCCAAGAAUUUUUACGUCAUUUGGGAUAUCUAGGAUUCAUAUUUCUACUUUGUUCAUUUUGCUAUUGUAGUGGUCUGGUUUAUACGUACAAACAAAGAGAUAAAUUUGACACAGUUGUUCCAAAAAAAGAUACAAUUGACAAAGAAGAACAGAUGCCAUUUAUUGAUUAAAGUGACCCAAAAAGUGAUAGAUAAGAAACUGUUGAUAACAAUUGUGCAAACUGUUUACCGAUCGAGUUAAUACUCUUUGAGCAUAAUGAGUUUUCUUGGAGCUUCCUGAACAGACGAUGACCUUAAAGGCCUAGCCGAGUGAAAGGAGGCAGUGGAAGGGACAACUGCAUGGAGUGCCUGUUCAUUUCUCGAAGUUACAGUUUAGUUUCAAAAUGGCUGAGUUUGAUCGUUCUUAUUCUUCUGCGCUGGUUCACGAGUGAGAAA